AUGGCGUCGAAGAGUUCGACGGUUCCCGACGAGAAGCGGUUGAAGGCGAAGGAGACCAAGCGGAAGAAUUUGGUCGAUUCAUUGAAGCGGAUCGAACGGUUUCUCCAUGACUACGUUCCCGAACAACACCUGCACGAGGUGCCUCUUCGAUUGGAACGGUUGGAGAAAGUAUGGGAAUCGUACGAGGUAGUUCAGGAAGAACUAGAAGAGCUAGAUGAUUCGGAAGAUGCUGCACAGAAAAAUUUGGAGAUGAGAGCCCAAGUUGAGGAACUUUAUUUACGUGUCAAGGCCGGACUAGCUUCGAAGAUACCGUCGCCACCACCCACCCCUGCUAUUGCGGGAUUCCCUGCCGCGCCUGCUGCUCAACCCGUCUUCGCCAACAUAAAGCUUCCGGCGAUUUCGCUUCCGGAGUUCGAUGGAGAUUUCAACAACUGGUUGACUUUCCAUGACACGUUUGUCUCGAUGAUCCAUUCAUCGACGGAGAUUCCGCAUGUUCAGAAGUUUCACUACCUCCGUGCGGCUCUGAAGGGGGAGGCAGCAAACUUAGUUCAGUCUAUUUCGAUUACUGCUAAUAAUUAUGCUGUCGCUUGGCAGACUUUGGUGAACCGUUACUCAAAUAAAGCUAUUCUUCGCAAAAAACACAUCCGGGCUUUAUUAAAGCAUCCAAAAAUCUCCAGCCAUAGUGUCGAGUCGCUACACAAGAUUGUGGAUGAAUUCCAACGUCAUACGAAGGUUCUGGAGCAGCUCGGUGAGCCAGUCGAUCAAUUUAGUUCGAUUCUGAUCGAGUUACUGGAGGAUAAGUUAGACGACGCUUCACUCACCGCUUGGGAGGAAUCAAUCGCAGCUGAUCAGCAACCCACCUACGCUAAAAUGGUUGAUUUUCUCCAGAAGCGGGCCCGUGUUCUAGAAACGAUUUCGAUCAACCGGCCGCAGCAUUCCGGUUCCAAAAAUCCCAGUUUUCCUCCUCCUAAGAAGCCAAAUCAGCCCAGAUUGAGUUCCAACGCUGCCAAUACAGUCCCAGGAAGAAUGUACCCGUUAUGCCCCGCCUGCGGGAAGCAGAAGCACUCCAUUUUUGAUUGCUCAGUCUUCAACGGUCUAGAUACGGAAGGCCGUUUAAAGGUGGUCUCGGAUAAAAAGCUCUGCAGCAAUUGUUUCCGCAGCGACCACUUCGCCCGCAACUGUCGUUCGAAUUAUUCAUGCAAGCAUUGUUCCAAACGACAUCACUCCAUGAUCCAUCCUGGACCAUUUGAGGCCACCAGGGGUGGACCCGAAAAUAAACCCACGAAUAAUCCCGAAGGUUCCGGGUCUAGCUUAGUGACAGCUGUAGCAGCCCUGCCAACCCCCGAAGUCGUAACAACGUUGAAGGUAUCCAACGCCAGCGUUCUCCUCACUACUGUGGUAUUGAUAGUAGUCGACGCUUACGGUCAAGGACACAUCGCCCGCGCCCUGUUAGAUACAGGUUCUCAACCCAACGCCAUGAGCGAACGCCUUUGUCAGAUGCUUCACCUUCCACGUAAAAUCGCUAACGUUGCGAUAGCCGGUGUAGAUAGUACCGUCACUAAUGCAAAAUAUGAAGUGCGUGCAGAGAUCCGAUCCCGUGUAGCAGAGUUCAGCGACACUUUAGACUUCUUAGUACUCCGUAAGGUGACCAGAGAUACCCCGUCUUCCUCGUUCCCCACUGUACAGUGGAAACUUCCCGAAAGUUUUUCACUCGCUGAUCCUGACUUCAACACGUCCCGAAGAGUUGAUAUGAUCAUCGGCGCUGCUCACUUUUAUUCAUAUUUGCGGGACGGACGGUUCCGUCUGCCUAGUCAAGGUCCAAUGCUCGUUGAGACAGUGUUUGGUUGGAUAGUGACUGGAAAGUUCGAAAAUCUGUCUGGUAUGAGCUCUCGACCAACAGUAACUUGUCAUGCGGCGACAGUUACAUCGCUUAGCGAGCAGCUAGAGCGAUUCUGGCGAGUUGAGGAGGUUCAAGGUCCGAAUUAUUCCGUGGAUGAGCAGCAGUGCGAAGAUUAUUACCGGGAAACCGUCUCCCGAGACCCGACUGGUCGGUACGUUGUUCGCAUGCCGAAGCAUCCCGAACACGAUCAAAUGAUUGGGCAGUCAAAGCCAACAGCGCUGCGUAGAUUCAGGUGGCUUGAGCAGAAACUGUUGAAGGACGAGAAUCUGAGGACUCAAUACCACGAGUUUAUGCGUGAAUAUGUUUCUCUGGGCCAGAUGGCACCCGUACAAGAGGACGAAGAGGACGUCCCGAAUGCGUGUUACCUUCCACAUCAUCCUGUAGUAAAGGAGUCGAGCUCAACCACAAAAAUUCGAGUGGUUUUCGACGGAUCAGCGAAGACUACUUCUGGCCAUUCGUUGAACGAUUCGCUACUGGUUGGACCUGUAGUUCAGGACGAGCUUCUUACUCUAAUCCUCCGUUUCCGAAAAUUUCCCGUUGCGCUAGUGGCAGACGUAGAAAAGAUGUAUCGUCAAGUCUCGAUGCAUCCAUUAGACCGACCUCUACAGCGAAUUUUGUGGCGAUUCGACAGUUCCCAGCCGAUUCAGACAUACGAACUCGGCACUGUUACUUAUGGCCUCGCUCCGUCCUCAUUUCUGGCGACGCGGACACUGUUGCAGCUCGUCGGAGAUGAAGGUACCCCGUUCCCGAAAGCAAGUACAGCAGUCAAGAAGCAUAUCUAUGUGGACGAUCUCAUCUCAGGUGAUGACAGCAUUGAAGACGCAAUCCAGCUCCGUGACGAACUAUCAGAACUGCUUCAAAAGGGUGGAUUCCGAUUCCGCAAAUGGUGCUCCAACUCACUCCCGGUAUUGGCCGGACUUUCUCCCGAACUCCUUGGGACACAAUCGUCGCUGAAGUUUGAUCCUGAAGAAAGCGUGAAGACUCUUGGUAUACGCUGGGAACCCGAAGCCGAUGUGUUCCGGUUUGAUGUAUCCGUUGUCCUGAAAGAUCAGUUACCGACCAAACGCAGCAUCCUGUCCGCCAUCGCCCAACUUUACGAUCCUCUCGGAAUCAUCGCACCCGUCGUCGUGCAAGCAAAAAUACUGAUGCAGCAUCUCUGGUUGCUGGCGUUGGACUGGGACGAUGAGGUAUCACCUGAUCUUCAACAAAAAUGGGCUCGAUUCUGUGAGCAGCUCCCUCAUCUCUCGAACUUCCGUAUAGAAAGAUUUGCGUUCACCGCUCGAUAUGCCACAGCGGAAAUACACUGCUUUGCAGAUGCGUCAGAGUCAGCUUACGGCGCUUGCAUAUACGUUCGCUCCGAAACCGCUGAUGGACUCGUGCAAGUGAAUCUCCUCGCUUCGAAAUCAAGAGUAGCUCCUCUGAAACCCCUCAGCAUUCCGCGCCUUGAAUUGUGCGCCGCACUCCUCGCUUCUCGGCUGUAUGAGAAAAUCCUCAACGCCCUCGAUAUGAGUUUCUCCGCCAGUUUCUUUUGGUCCGAUUCAACUGUUGUCCUCCAGUGGAUGAAAGCUCCCCCGCGGACGUGGAAGACGUUCGUGGCGAAUCGUAUUGCAGAAAUUCAAGCCACCACUAAUGGAUCCAACUGGCAACACGUCUCUGGCCACGAAAAUCCGGCAGAUAUGGUUUCGCGCGGGGUCUCCGCCGAGGAACUAAUCAACAGUGAGCUGUGGAAGCACGGUCCGAGCUGGUUGCGUGAAGAAAAAUCUAGCUGGCCCUCCCGAAACGUUCCCGAAGAAGAAUUUACCGCCAAGGAGUUAGAGUUAAAGCAGAAUACGAUUCUGAACACCCAAGUUCUACCGCCAAAUUCACUAUUCGAGCAGUUUUCGUCCUACUCCGCUCUCAUUCGGGCGGUAUCAUAUUGUUUUCGCUUCACACACAACACCCGCAAUAGAGGACGACGGAUUUCCAGCAGAGUUCUUUCGGUUGCCGAAAUGCGAAAGUCAAAGGUAGCAGUCGUGAAGCUCGUUCAAGCUGAGGCGUUUCCCGAAGACCGGCAGCGCUUGAAGAGAGGACAUACUGUAUCCUCCAAAUCUCCACUUCGUUUGUUGAAUCCGUUUCUCGACAACGAGGGCCUAGUUCGUGUUGGUGGUCGGUUAAAUUUAUCCGAUGCUCCCUACGACGUGAAGCACCAGAUCGUCGUUCCUGGUUUCCACCCGUUCACUCAACUCCUCCUGAAGCACCAUCAUCGCAAGCUGGUACAUGGCGGAAUCACGAUGACUCUCUCAGUCGUCCGCGACGAAUUCUGGCCGCUGAACGGCAGAAAAGCAGUCCGGAGUGCCAUCCGGAAGUGCUACGAGUGUUGCAGAGCAAACCCCAAACCCAUUCAACAACCGAUUGGACAAUUGCCAGUCGCUCGAGUGACCGCAAAUGAAGCAUUCGCCUGUACUGGCGUUGAUUAUUGUGGUCCCAUCUACCUUAAACCGAUUCAUCGUAGAACCGCCGCCCGCAAAUCAUACAUCUGUGUCUUCGUGUGCCUGAGCACGAAAGCGGUGCACUUGGAGCUGGUGAGUGACCUGAGUACGGCUGCGUUCCUGAUGGCCCUAGAUCGCUUCGUGGGGCGACACACCUCGCCACAACAUAUUUACUCAGACAACGGGACGAAUUUUGUUGGUGCGAAGAAUGCGCUGCAUGAAAUUUACACCAUGCUGCAAUCAGGAACGGAGGUUGAUAGAAUUUCGAACCACCUCGCCGAGGACAAUAUCCAGUGGCACCUGAUCCCACCCCGUGCUCCCAACUUCGGUGGCCUCUGGGAGGCAGCAGUGAAGGUGGCUAAGGUUCACCUGGCUCGUCAGCUCGGAUCCUCUCUGUUAUCGUUCGAGGAACUUACGACGGUUCUCGUAAGGAUAGAAAGGGCCAUGAAUUCCCGACCACUCCAGCCUCUAUCCAGCGAUCAUAAUGAUAUUGCGGUUCUCACUCCAGCUCAUUUUUUGGGGAGAAACAUAAACCGUUCUCCUCUCGAAGUUGAUGUUCGAGACGUGCCUCUGAAUCGUCUCACCCAGUAUCAGAAGCUCCAGAAACAUGUACAAAAUUUCUGGUACCGUUGGCGAAACGAAUACAUGAAGGAGCUGAACAUGCUAUAUAAAAUCAACCCCAAGGACCACAAGCUGAACGUCGGUGACAUCGUCAUCAUCAAGGAUGAUGCUCUUCCUUCUGUACGCUGGCCGCUAGCCCGCAUCAUCGAGCUUCAUCCCGGACCCGACGGUGUGACCCGAGUCGUAACUCUCCGCACGCCCAAUGGAGUUUUUAAGCGUGCGGUUUGCAAAGUGUGUCCACUGGAAUGCAGUGGUGAAGAUUAG